UCUCUCACUCACACACGCGCGCACACACACACACACACAGCAUAAAUACCCUAGCUGCUGAUAACCGCUGCACUAGCGCGCGUGCACACGCACGGGCGAGCGCACAGCUGCAGUAUCAUCCCUCCUCUCCUUGUCGUCGUGUUAAACAGCAGAAUGACGAUGAUUGAUGAUCGACUGUCACUGCAUAUAAAACCAUAAUAAUCCCGAGGACGGCGGGAUGGAAAUGACAUACGCGCGCUCACACAAUCUGGCAUGCACGCGCACACACUGACCGACAUCUCGCCGCAGUGGAUGUAGGGUAGUAUGGCUGCAGAUGUGAGUCUAGGAUCAGGCACGUGACACAUCUGCGAUUAACACUGGGGUAUUAAUGAUCCACCUGACGUCACCGAUCGAUACUCAUUAUUCCAUCAUCCGUGACAGCAAAAUCAGGCAGAUUUUACACAGACAGGAUCCUAAUUACAGCCCAGACUGUGUGUGUGUGUUGUGUGCCUAUGUGUGUGUGGAGGGGGUGUGUCUGUCUGUCUGCAGAGACAAACCAACACACACACACACACACACACACACACACACACGGCAUGUUAACCAUUAAAAUGGCGGUACAGCAAUGAAGGUGAAAUAUACAGACUUAAUAACGUCUGUAGGUCGAACACUGAAUUCAUUCAGGGCUCUGUUCUAUCUGUUCUGUUCCGUCUGUUCUGUUCUAUUCCAUUCUGUCUUCUCUGUUCCGUUCUGUUUCGUCUGUUCUGUUCUGUGUCUGUUCUGUCUGUCCAAACUGUGACAAAUGCUCAUAUGCAGACAGAAUACUCAUUCUUAUCUGUCCUAUUAAUAGCCAUCUUUACCUGUUUUUUACAUGUUCUCUGUUAGCACAGGUCGAAAUGCAGCAGAACACAUGAGAUCAGACAAACCACAAUAGAUCCUCUCAGAACCACCUCCAUGAAUCUCCUGAAUGACUGUUAAUACUGAUUAAAGACCCAUAGAACCUCCUAAAGGACCAUGUAAAUGACUUACAGAACCUCCCCAACCAUCUCAAAGCCACUGCUCUGUUCUGUUUCACCUAACGUUCAUGAUGAUUACCAGAACCACCCUAAAGGCCUGUUAGAACCUCCUUAGCUAUGACCAUUAACACCUCCUGAAUGAUGAUUAGGACCAUCCAAAGAACUACCAAAACCAUCUAAAAGACAACUAGGACCACCUCCACAAACCCUUCUAGGUCCUAUAGAACCUGUAGAACCUCUGUAAUGUCUACAAGAACCUACUUUGGGACAUCUACGGUCACCUAAAGGAACCACAUAAUCCAUUCAGUGGCCAAUAAAACCUUAAGAAUGACAAGAACCACCUUGGUGGCAUUGGAACCACAGGACUAAUAGAACCAAUUCUGGAGCCAAUAGAUCCCCCUUUAACAGCUCUUGAAUCACAUUAAGGACCUCUUAAACCUUGUUAAUGACCCAGAGAAACCAGCAGAAUCAGAACUGAACCUUCCUUAGGACAACUCAAAGAUCCUCAGUCACUCCGAGAACCUCCUUUAGGUUUUGUAAAAUAUGAACAAAUGUUUUUUCCUUAUCCUUAUGUAACACUGCAGCACAAAACCUUAACUACCAGUCAACUCAUCUACCUAACUUACCCACCUACUGAUUACCUGCCCACCUGUGUUUGCACCAUCAUACCAACCAACCACACUUCUGAUAUACCCUAAUCCAGCAAUUGUCUUAAACUAAAAUUAUGAGAGGUCCAGUAAAUCUGCGUUCCUCCCCCACUGAGGUCAGGUUAUUGUCUCUGGAAGCUAGCUUGACUUCCAGACGUUGCAUCUAUCGUUUCUGUCAUUUUCGUGGGUGUGACCAUGUCUCAUCGACAAAGGCUGAGCUUGUUAAGCAGAGGAGAGAGCAGGAGGCCAACGGUGAAGCCAAGGGCGAAGGCUGGGUCUCUCCAGAGGCUCAGCAGGAGUUGGGCCGAACGCAGACGAGGAGUCGGCUGGGCUGCCUACCCCAGAUGUGGAGCAGCAGUCAGUUGGACCCGCCGACGAAGAACCAAGAGCAGAAGCCGGCCGUACCACCGACAGCAGAAAAAGGGCAGAGGUCGGCUGGACUGCCUAUGGAGAACCAGGAGCAGAGGUCCCUCCUCCUCUUCCAGUCCCAGCUUGCUGACUAAGAGUCUCUCUCUGGAGCCAUCCUGCUCACCGUGCGGUCAUCAGGGGGCGCUGGAUGCCGAUGCUCCCCAGCAGCCAAGCUCAGACCCAGGACCCGUCUCCCUGGAGGGAGGCCCUCUGUUAACAGGGCGCCGCGGCUCAGCUAACGGGCUGCUACUGGUCAACGACACGGGGCCGCCGGAGCUGCCAGCUACAACAAUAAUACCACCGAGCAAGAGCAGGCCACUGCCGCAGGGACACAAACCUCAAGUCCCCCCGAAGCCCCCCCACCUCCAGCAGGCAGGGGUGUCAAAGCCACGCCUCAGGGGUCCAGACAAGCCCCUCCCCCCUCCUCCGCCAUGUAGACCCCUCCCAGCGGACCCUAGGGGGGGGCGGACUCCGCCCACCCGCACCGACGGCACCGCCUCCCCCACCUGUGUCCUCUCACUCAUCGAGAAGUUUGAGCGUGAGCAGAUCAUCGUGGUACCUGACAUCACUGGGGGUGCUCUGUGUCCCCGCCUUCCUGACGCCCCCUCAUCUUCCUCCCGACCCUCUUCACCACCCUCAUCAUCAUCAUUCCCCACCCCUCCCCCACCCGAUGAGAAGCUGCCCUCUGACAUCAAAGGUCAUCAUGACAUCACUGUGGGGGGUGAGGAGGAGGAGGAGAGUGAACUGCUUAAUGAUGAUGAUGAUGAAGAUGAAGAGCUGGCAGUGGCGUGUGGUGAUGACGUCCAUCAGAAGCGUCUGUCCAUGGAGUCAGGUUACAGCGCCUCAGAGAAACAUCCGGAGGACGAUGUGGUUGCUGUUGACAUGAGAGAGCAACAACAACAGCUGCCACUGCUCCUUGACCAAUCAGAGAUCCCUUCAGAGCGCCUGUCGCUCCCUUCCUCGCAGACAGACGGGAAGCUAGCCAAUCGGGACAGUGGGAUUGAUAGCAUCAGCUCGCCAUCGCACAGCGAGGAGCUGUGCUUCGCCGGCGUGGAGGACGGGUGCGUGGCUUAUCCUUGCAGCCCCGCCCUCCUGCCCCGCCUCUCCAGCUCGUCCUCAUACGCUGGGGAGGGAGGUGAGGGGGAGGGGGAUGAGGGGGGCGUAAGGGGUGCGGCAAGGAGGAGGAGGGACUUCUCUGAGGAUGGAGACAGUGACCUCGAGGAGGAGGAGGCGGAGCUAACACUGGUGUUGUCUCCGCCCAAAACAGACAGACAAGACUCUGCUGAGCUGUCUGUCCAGCAGAGGGUCUUCAACAUUGCCAACGAGCUGCUGCACACUGAGAUCACCUACGUAUCUAAGCUCCAUCUCUUGGACCAGGUUUUCUGUGCCAGACUCCUGGAGGAGGCUCGGUCUCGCUCCUCCUUUCCCUGUGAAGUCGUUCAGGGAAUCUUCUCCAACAUCUGCUCCAUCUACUGCUUCCAUCAGCAGUUCCUGCUGCCAGCGCUGCAGAAACGGAUGGAGGAGUGGGACUUGAACCCCCGGAUCGGGGACAUCCUGCAGAAGCUGGCUCCCUUCCUGAAGAUGUAUGGAGAGUACGUGAAGAACUUUGACUGCGCCUUGGAGCUAGUGAACACCUGGAUGGAGAGAUCGGCUCAGUUCAAGACCAUCAUCCAGGAGAUCCAGAGGGAGGAGCGCUGUGGUAACCUGACGCUGCAGCAUCACAUGUUGGAGCCAGUUCAAAGGAUUCCUCGCUACGAGCUGCUGCUUAAAGAUUAUCUACACCGACUGCCAGAGGAUGCCCCGGACCACAGGGACGCUCAGAAGUCUCUGGAGCUCAUUGCCACAGCGGCUGAACACUCCAACGCCGCCAUCAGGAAAAUGGAUCGAAUGAGGAAGCUGUUAAAAGUGUACGAGUUGCUCGGAGGAGAAGAAGACAUUGUCAACCCUACUAACGAGCUCAUUAAAGAGGGACACAUCCUCAAACUGUCGAACAAGAACGGGACCACGCAGGACAGAUACCUCAUACUGAUUAAUGACAGGUUGCUGUACUGCGUCCCAAAGUUGCGUCUGAUUGGUCAGAAGUAUGGUGUCCGCGCUCGCAUUGAUGUGGAUGGCAUGGAGCUGAAGGAGACCAGCAGUGCUGCAGUUCCCAGGACGUUCGUGGUGUCUGGAAAGCACAGGUCCCUGGAGCUGCAGGCCAGGACAGAGGAGGAGAAGAAAGACUGGAUCCAGGCCAUCCAGGCAACCAUCCAGAGACAUGAGCAGACGGUGGAGAGCUUCAGACAUUUGAACUGCUCACUACGAGAUGAUGAGUCUACACCACCUCACUCCCCGAGCUGUGUGGAACUGGGGAAACGAGCUCCAACUCCGAUAAGAGAGAAGGAAGUGACUCUGUGUAUGAAAUGUCAGGAGCCAUUCAACUCCAUCACCAAGAGACGACAUCACUGCAAGGCCUGUGGACACGUGGUUUGUGGGAAAUGUUCAGAGUUUCGUGCUCGUCUGUCGUAUGACAACAACCGAACCAAUCGCGUUUGUGUCGACUGCUACGCCACACUGGUGGGAGCGUUGCCCUCGCCCGCCACGCUGACCAGCAGCAUCCAGAGGAGGCGCUCAAUCUUGGAGAAACAGGCCUCCCUGGCAGCAGAGAACAGCGUGAUUUGCAGUUUUCUUCACCACAUGGAGAAAGGAGGGGGGCGGGGCUGGCAGAAAGCCUGGUUUGUCAUUCCUGAGAACGAGCCACUGGUGCUCUACAUCUACGGAGCGCCACAGGACGUGAAAGCGCAGCGCAGCGUCCCUCUGAUUGGCUUCGAAGUCUCUCUACCUGAGUCAUGUGACCGCCUGGAGAGGCGCCACGCCUUCAAGAUCUCCCAGAGUCACCUGACCCUGUACUUCAGCGCUGAAGGGGAGGAGCUUCAGCGGCGAUGGAUUGACGUCUUGUCGAGGGCCGGGAGGGGGGAGGAGCCUCAGGUCCACCGGCCAAUUGUGGAGAGUCUGGAGGAGGAGGGAGAGGAGCUUGUGACUGCUGUCGAGGGUGAAAACACGUGAUUCUAUUGGACAAGAAACGAUGGAGAUGAAGAAGGUGGGGUCUUUUGAUGAAGAUCGAUCCCUAUUGGAUACCGGAACAAAGUAGUGCAUACGUCACUGGUUCACACACACACACGCACAUACAAACACACACACACACACACACACACACACACACUGAACCCUCUGUAUAUUUAAAGUUGCGUGCUUUGUCUGCAUGAUUCCUUGCUGCUGUCGACACAAGAUGGCGUCCCCCCCUCUCUCAUUUCACCGCUGCUACACCUGUAAGGUGAGGUUGGUGCAGCCUAUGGUUACACAGUUAUGUUCCCCCAGAUUCUAUAAACACUACAGUUCCCAAGAGCCCCAUCUGCUGUUGAAAUGGAGAAGCCUCCACCCAGAGUUGUGACAUCAGAUUUGUGUCAUCUUCAGGAAACUGACCCAAAAUUCCCAAAUGAAUUUUGCCAGCCGGAGCUCACAGUCAACCAUAAAGCACAUUAAAUCAGCAGUGACGGACUAUGUCCCCACUUGUCUUCUGAUUGACUGAAGGACGUCCUUGUCUGUUGUCCAGUUAGAAGAUUACUGUGAGUUACUAUUAACUAAUUUAACACAUUUUACUAAUUUAACCAAUUGACCAAUUUAACGUAUUUAAAGUUUCUCUGGAGACAUUUAGGUCAAACAGUCACUUCUCCAGAAAAUGGACAACGAGACACUUUUUAUUUUUAUCAGUGUGCAUUCAAACCUGCAGGAGAGUGUGGGAUUACACCGGGACGGUUGAAUAUAAAAUGGACGCAGUGAAUCUGUAAUGCCCAUUUGUUGAAGACAACAAAGUGCCGGAGGAUGCUCUCAUUUUCUGCACAGUGCAGUGACAGAAUGUUUGAGCAAGGUGGAACCCACUUACACAGGACCGGGACCGGGACUAAGACCUAGAUAUGGACCUGGACCUGGACUCAGUGAAACAGAGUCCAGUCCAGUCUCCCCCAGAAACACCUCAGCACUUCCGUCCAAUGGCUCUGUGAAGGCCGAGUGUAGAAAACAGUGUGUCCACUCAUGUGAUGUAGUGCCUCCAUGUGGCCACAGUACUGCACCUACAAACCUGUUGAGUGUGUCAGAGUCUGAGUGUUUGUCCUGGUAGUGGAUUUGGGUCCUGCAAAUUUCAAAUGUUGACAGGAUUCCAUCUGCAGUGAGUUCAGUUAAUACAUAAACAAACAUAACUGUAUUACUUUUAAUAUAUAAAAUACAUCAUAUACAGUAUAAACUUUCAUCGAGAAGCAAAAAGAGAUUUUUGUCUUUUGAGUAGAGAUUUGAGUUUUAGUUUUUUCCCUCCCAUAAGCAAAAGAAAGAUUCAGAUUAAUUUAUUAAAUUUUGACACGGCAGCUAAAUAACAGCAUUAAAACAUCACAGUGAUGCGACAUCUGAACAUCAGAGUCAUAAGAAUGAAUUAACAUGAGCCCGAUAAUAAUCGGUUCAUUUCAAAAAUAAUUUUAAAAGAUAUAAUGUCUUUUAUUUUCACUCAUGGAAACAUUUAUAUAUUAACCACGCACGAUGAUGGCAAAAUAUCUUAGAGAAGAGAAUUCAUAUAUAAAUAAAUGAUAUAAGGGCCCAGUUAUUUGAAGAAUUUUAAAUAUAUAUAUGUAAAUAUAUGAGAACAUGGGGCAGGUUCACAGGUGUGUCCUGCACUGUAAUGAAUAGCUUGUAGAAACAGAUAAAGAAAUCAUCAUUAUUCAUAAUUAUCAUCAAUCAGAAUUCGGCAGCCUCAGGUGAAGGGUUUGGUCUUUGCUGAGGUCAUGUGACACAGGACUCCAGGGUCCGUGUCCCGUCACAGAGCUGCAGUCGUAGUCUAGUGAGGGAGACCCCAUCCCAGCUGUCUUGAAUGAUGAAACAAGAGAUUAAAAGAAAUUCUUCCCUGUUUUUAAAGUGAAAUUCAAUAUGAAGUAUAAGCAAUCUGAAUAUAUAUAUUUUUAAAUUUUUUAUGCAAAAUUCCUGGAGAAAAAAACAACUCUUUUUUCUUUCCUUACUGACAGUUGCUGUCUAACCUCCAAAACUACGCUUCCCAGCGAACUCUGCUCUGAGGCAGGGACUUCUUUCACCUCUGCAGAUGAAGCAGGGUACGGCAGGUUCUCGUCAGUGUCCUAAACAAACAUCCUGCAACAUUUUGUGGCGUAAAAAAAACAAUAAACAUGACUUUAUUGAUAUUCACUUCAUGAAUUAAAGACAUUCUCUCCUUAUAAUGUCAUCAUCGUUUCUGAUAUGACAAAAGUUUAAAAAAGGCUUUAUUGUAACUGUACAAAUAAAUGUAGAUCAAAGUAAUGAAAUAAUUCAAAAGAUUCAACUCUUCUCAUUAUUUUCACUCGUCCUUUUACAUAUUUAAUAAUUUCUAUUUACUGUCUCACGUGUAUAGUGAGUGUCAGAGUAAAUACAUUAAAUAUCCCAUAAUUUUGACAGAAAAAAGAAUAAAUUUAAACUUUUAAUUCCAUGAGAUCUGUCAAAUUAAACAUUUUACUUUGUAUCUCAUGACAACAAUAAUUUAUUUCAGAGACAAUUUACCUGCUUCCUUUAAAAAAAAAAAUCUUCUCUGACCUUUAUUAACCAGAUUAAAAACUGAUUAAUGAAAAAUGAAUUACUGAAGAUGAGAUGUGAGGCUCCUGCAAGACACCGAUGAUGGAGGUGAUAUGAGUUUAAUGUGAAGUUUUAAAAAUGGAGAUAUGAACCAGAAACCAGACUGGACUCAGGUCCGAUGGACGUUAAAAACACUGAGUGAUUAGAGGGAGCCGACAUGAACUGACUCGUCUUCACCCCUGGUGGUGCAGCGUUCUUUUGGACAAAAUGUUUUGACAGUGAAAAUCGUGAAUAUUAUGAAUAUUGUUAUUGUAACUGAUGAAUCUGACUUCUCGUUGGAUAUUUCUGUGUUUUCGAGUCUGGGUUGUGUUUGAUGUUUGCUUGAUGCAAGAAGAAAACAAAGUAAGAUUUUUGUAAAUAUAAUUUAUUCUCCUGUGACCCCCUCCCUAUACCCCGGCUGUUCCUCCACACAGCCAGAGCCCUGCAGACGGUUUGGGCUCCAAUGGUAGCCAUGUUGGCUACAAAGGAUAAAAGAACAAUCUGACAUUUCAAAUUCUGUGGUUCUCCCGUCUUUGUGCUAACCUAGGCUAGACUGACAUGGACACAGAUGAAAACUGAUGCAUCUGAAACAUGCGACUGAAAAUGUUCUGAAAUGAAUGUUUCUCAAAAUGUUGAACUCAUCUUUAACUUCUACCUGCGUUGCUGCGGUGCUCGUCUGUGCGUGGCCCUGGUUUUGUAACAGCGUGUUUUUGCCGUGUAAAGCAGACUCCAGUGGUGUGUUGCCCUCUCCUCCCUCAGUGGAAGGAAGUGGCCAGUAACUCAGCCUUUUUCAUCGUCAUUAGGUGUAAAAAUGUAUUCAACUUUCAGUCUGAUUUGAGCUGUGUGUUUCUUUUGCAUCAUUUCUUUGAAUUUAACUUUUUUAGACAUUUGGAGUCCGGUUCCUACCGGUCCUGACUCGUUCCCAGUGGUCCUAAAUCCAAAUUGUCCUUACUGGUCCUUACCAGUUCUGACUGGUUUUGGCAGGUCCUUACCGCCGCUGAUUGGUUCUGGCAGUUUCUGACUGGUCCUAACUGGUUCUGACUGGUCUUGACUGGUUCUGACUCAGAUCAGUAUGUUAUUGAUACAGUUGAGCAGUGGUGUGUUGUAUCAGUCGGGUAUUUAAUUUCUCUACAUGUAUCUGAAGAUGUUCAGUGUUCAGAGCUGGUAAAGUUGUUGAUCACAUCUACAAUAUGUAUUGAAUUAUUUGUUGUAUUUGGUCUUAACACCAUGUCAGUCCACAACCAGUUACUCUCUGUUGCACCUGUUCAGGUAAUGGAAGACUCUUUUCUCACAACAUAAGCUAGCUGUAGCAUGAGGCAAGUCUCCAAAAUGAUUUGGAUAAAUAUGAAUAUAGAAGUGAAAACAUGAAACUUGAUUUGAAUUUAUUGACGUCUUGUUCUUUUGACAUCAUCAUCAGCCAGAGCCAGUAGUGAUCAUGGAGUGGAGCCACGGUAUCGAUGUCCCACCCAGAGCUGCACUCAACCAAUUCGGACUCUGCUGUCCAUCGCGACAUCUCAGCCCGUUUUUGUAGCAUCAAAUAACUAAUUAAAACCAAAUUUAUCAGAAACAUGAAGACUUGAACAUACAUCAGUUUAAUAAGAACCUAAAAUGACAGACACCAUUUAUGUAACAUGUUCUUUGACUUUUUUACUAUGGUCCAUGUCCCACCUGCUAACAUAGAGGGGCGGGGAUUAUAUUUAUGACCUAUACUGCAGCCAACAGGGGACAGUCCUGAUGAUUUGGCUUCACUUUUGGGAGCUUUCAUGUCUUCCGUCUUUAUUUACAGUCUAUGGUUUGAGACCAUGAGAACAGAAUGAAACAUGCAUGAAACAACAAUCAUGAUAUUUCUGGCAUGUGGAAUAUAAACAUGACCAAAUAUGGAUAUAAAUAUUUCUAACAACAAUGAAAGAACCAAUAAGAGGAGGACGAGGCCGUGAUGUCGUGCAGUGGAAUUGCAUUGUUUUUUUUGACCAGAGCACUAACUUCCUGACUUCUUGUCAGACGAACCGCAGGGAUUCUGGAGCAGCAUGUUACCAUGGUGACCUUCAGGUUCCCCAAGCCUCACUCUCCGGUGCUGGUUAUACUGUUGCCAUAGCAAUCACUACUCUUACCAUGACAACAGAAUCCAUCAGCAUCUCUCCCUCUCUGCGGGUGUAACUGCAGCAUGUUUGUGGACCUGUCUUCUUCUUCUUGUACUUCUGGGACCUUGUUAUGACUGAUUGAUUGAUUGAUUGCAGGUUAUUGGUUAGUGGCCGGCCACUGCCUUCCAUCCUGUCCAUGUUUGUUUCCCAUCAUGCCCCCCUCUGUAAGAAAAUAAAAUGAGAAAUGUUUAUGAAGUUAUAAAUGAAAUAAAAAACAUGAUAACUGUC